AUGAAUCGGGAUAAGAAACCUCCACCGAAAAAAUGGACAGACCAUUCUCUCGGGACACAUGGCUUUUUACAGUUAAAAGAAGUGAAACUUCACUAUGUAGCAAAUGGGGAUGAAUAUAAACCUUUGAUGCUGCUGCUUCAUGGAUUUCCAGAAUGUUGGUACUCCUGGCGCCAUCAGCUGAAAGAAUUUAGGAAAAGUUACCGGGUUGUGGCUAUAGAUCAAAGAGGAUAUUCUUUGUCAGACAAACCUAAAGGAAGAAGACAUUACACAAAAGAAAAACUCAGUUCAGAUGUGGCUGAAGUAAUUGAAGCACUUGGUUACAAUGAGUGUGUUCUGGUUGGACAUGACUGGGGUGCUAUCAUAGCCUGGGUAACUGCUGAGCGUUUUCCAGAAAAAGUUUCCAAUUUAAUCAUUAUGAACUGCCCUCAUCCAGUUGUCUUUCAAGAGCACCUGUUCACUAAUUUCUCCCAAGUCAGAAAAUCUUGGUACAUUUUUUACUUCCAAAUUCCGUAUCUUCCUGAAUAUGUUCUUGCCAAGAAUGACUUCGAAGCCUUGAGUAACAUGUUUACAAGCAAAGCCGGGGUGAGGAAAGAAAACAUGGAUCCAGAAGAUAUUGAAAUAUAUAAAUACGUCUUUGCACAAAAAGGUGCCCUGACAGGUGCUAUUAAUUAUUACCGGGCAUCUGUUUAUGAGAAGCCCCUUCAGCCACCCAAGGAUUCCCUCAAAAUGCCUGUCUUAAUCAUCUGGGGUAGCAAAGACAUUUAUCUGGAAAAGGAGAUGGCAGAUGCUUGUGGAAAGUUUGUCAGCAACCUCAGUGUUAAAUAUGUGGACAACGCAACUCAUUUUGUACAACUUGAUCAACCUGAUGUGGUUAACAAUCUCAUGUGGCAAUUCUUGAAUCGGGACGGCAAACCUCCACCUAAAAAGUGGAAUGACCCGACUCUUGGGGAACACGGUUUUUUACAAUUAAAAGAGAUUAAACUGCAUUAUGUUGCCAGCGGUGAUGAAGACAAACCUUUGAUGUUGUUUAUUCAUGGCUUACUGGAUUGCUGGUACACCUGGCGUUAUCAGAUUCGAGAGUUUAGUAAAAACUACAGAGUGGUGGCAAUUAAUCUGAGAGGGUAUUCUUUGUCAGAUUGUCCAAAAGAAAAAUCCAGUUACACACUGUUAAAGAACUCUGCAGACGUUGUUGAAGUCAUUGAAGCCUUAGGCUAUAAAGAUUGUACCUUGGUUGGCUACAGUUAUGGUGCUGCAAUAGCGAUGAUUGCCGCUUUCCAAUGCCCAGAAAAAGUUUCAAAAUUAGUUAUCUUCAACACUGCUGUAUAUCCUGCCUACAAGAAACAUAUGUUUAAUGAACUAGCAGAUGUACGGUUUAUGUCGCCACAUUUAUAUGCAGCUGUUCCAUAUAGUGCUGAAUUUAUGUUGUCAUUUCAUGAUUUCACAUCCUUCAAAUAUAUUUUCUGGACUGAGAACGGUACAUACAAUACUUCUGCACCUUUCAUUAAUAUGUCUCUUAAUCUUUCUCUAUUCAUCCUUCCUCUUUUUCUUCUUUUCCCUAUUCAUCUUUCCUCUUCCUCUUUUUCUUCUUUUCCCUAUUCAUCUUUCCUCUUCCUCUUUUUCUUCUUUUCUCUAUUCAUCUUUCCUCUUCCUCUUUUUCUUCUUUUCUCUAUUCUUUCUUUCCUCUUUUCUUCCUCUUUUUUCUCUUUUUUUCUUCUUUUCUCUAUUCAUCUUUCCUCUUCCUCUUUUUCUUCUUUUCUCUAUUCAUCUUUCCUCUUCCUCUUUUUCUUCUUUUCUCUAUUCAUCUUUCCUCUUCCUCUUUUUCUUCUUUUCUCUAUUCAUCUUUCCUCUUUUUCUUCUUUUCUCUAUUCAUCCUUCCUCUUCUACUUCUUUAUUCAUCCUUCCUCUUCCUCUUUUUCUUCUUGUUAUUAUCACCAUCUUCAGGUUAGCAAAUGA